CUGAAAGCUCCUCUCCAUCUUCUUCCAACUAAACUUUUUUCUUUCAAAUUUUUCAAAUAAAACCUCUCGAUGGCCACCAUCCAAAAUUUGUUCCAAUAAUUUCAUGGCUCCUCCUCCUCCACACUCUCCCUCCCAAUUUCUGAAGAAAAAGCUUAGUGGGCAGAGAAAGAGGGAGGAGCUUGAAAGAGAGGUAUUGAUGCUUCAGAAGCUGCUUAAUCAAGAAGAAAAGGUGCAUGAGAUUUUAGAAGGUGUUAAUAAACAGCAAAAUGGUUCAGCACUUGCCAUUUCUAACUUGCUUCCUCCCAAGGUGAAGGAAGUACUAGCAGAGCUAGCAAUGGUGGAGAGUGAAAUAGCAAGGCUUGAGCUCCAAAUAACACAACUCCAAAAGGACUUGAAAACUGAGCAACAACAAAAUUCCAAGUCCAAURAUAAAGCAACUAGUUUUGACACCAAGGCUCUCCAUUUCAUUAGCAAGGCCAUCAAGGGAGAUUAUUAUGCUCUCAACAACAACAAUGCUCAACAUCACAUCACUCAUCCUCAGCCUCUUCAUCAGGUCCAAGAAAGACUGGUUUCCCGAAAGAGCGGCCUCCUCGUAGCUUCGUCUCCGUUGCGAGACCCCCGACAUCCUUCUCCAAAGCAACGAGAGCGGAAUCCAUUAGACAUGGCGGGGUUAAAAUCGGUCCCAAUAGCAAUUCAAGCAGAAGAAAACAUGCAGCAUUGGCAACCCAACAAGCUAUCAGAGAGCAUAAUGAAGUGCUUAAACUUCAUAUAUGUGAGACUACUAAGAACCUCAAGAACAAUGGAGCUAGAGAAGUCAGGUCCCAUUUCAAGAUCUUUGCAUUCCUCCCUGAGCUCGAGAAGCUUCCGAGUCGAGAACAACGGCCUGAACUCGAGUCUUCCGCUACACAAAGAAUCGAGGCAACAAGAUCCUUACGCCAUCUUCGACAACGAAGAGUCGAUCCCGAGGGACAUUGGCCCUUACAAAAACUUGGUUAUAUUCACAUCAACUUCCAUGGACCCCAAAUCCAUAUCAAGUCCAAGCUUCAUCCCUCUCAUAAGAAAGCUAAGGGCCCUGAUGAGCAAUUUGCAAAGAGUUGAUUUAAGGCCAUUGAGUUACCAACAGAAACUAGCAUUUUGGAUCAACAUGUACAAUGCUUGUAUCAUGCAUGGAUUUCUUCAAUAUGGAGUGCCUUCAUCCCCAGAAAAACUUGCUGCUUUGAUGAACAAGGCAACGGUUAACAUUGGAGGCAACUCCAUAAACGCACCAGCCAUAGAGCAUUACAUUCUAAAGAAACCAGGGUCUCCUAACAGGGAGGAUGAGGAGAAAGAAAGGGUGGUUGGGAAGCUGUACGGGCUAGAAUCGUGGGAGGCGAACGCGACAUUCGGGCUGUGCUGCGGGACCCGUUCUUCUCCGGCGGUGAGAAUAUACAGCGGCGAGGCGGUGGCGGCGGAGCUGGAGAGAUCGAAGCUGGAGUAUCUGCAGGCCUCGGUGGUGGUGACCAGCUCCAGAAGGGUGGCAGUGCCGGAGCUUCUGGUCCGGAGUCUGCCGGAGUUCACGACAACGGCGGCGGCGGCGGCGGAGUGGGUGUGCCACCAGCUGCCGACCUCCGGGAGUCUGAGGAAAUCCAUGGUUGAGUGCUUCAGAUCAGGCCAUCCCCCCACCAUCCACACUCUCCCUUAUGAUUUCGAGUUUCAAUAUCUCUUGCCUUUGUGAUUUAUCAUUCCUCUUUUUUUUUUUUUUAAUUUCUUGUUUGAUAUAUUGGUUUGUAAAAAUUAAUAAUGUAAUGUAGAAGAYGAGGGAUCGUAUGGAGUAGUGUUUUCAACAUCA